UUCAGUCAUCUGAUUGGUCAUGCAGCCGGUCACGGUACAGAAGCAUUUCUCGGCACCGGAAACGAUUUCGCUGCGACCGUGAACAGUCAGUCACUGACAAACACAACCCAACGUCUGCUGGAUCGUCGCUACGCUUCCCAAACAUCGGUGGUUUCCGAUCACCCCGACAACAGUAUUAGCAUUAGCACCACUCCCACUACCAGAUCUGACUCUGCUUCACGUCUCCGGAACCGAGUUUCCCUGAGCAAUGCACCAUUACCGUCCAUGCCACCGACUCCGGGACAGAUGAACGUGUGCACCCGACCCAUGGCUUCUGUCGGUUCACCUUCAGUGAUAGAUGCUACCAAAACACCGAACGAAACACAAAAUAUAUCCUCCAGUCCACCACUGUCUAAUUCAUCCAAGGAAAGCUUUUUCGACGCUGUGUGA